AUGGGAAAUGAAUCCUCCUCAGUGUCAUCCACCAAGGACAGUUUGGCCGAGGAAAUAUUUGGCCUCAAGAAGCGCCGCUACGCUCCCAAAAACAAGAAACGUGUGCUUCUGGAGCGGAAUCAGAGGACUGACUCCGUGGACAGGUAGGGAUAUGUUUGAGUAUGUUUGAGCAUAAGGCAUGUAGAUAUGAAAUUCAAGAUUCUAGAAUUUAGUAUGCGAUACGUAGAUAGGUAAGGCACAGUACAAAUAGGUAGGAAAACACUGACAGAAAGAUAACGGUAGAUAGGCUAAAGAAGUGUAGAGUUAGUCUAAAGUUUUCGAACAAAUAUGUAAAUCAAGAUAAAAAAGAUUUACAUUUUCUUAUAAUAUGACGAAAAUUUAAUGACAAACUCCGAGAAAUUAUUUGUAAGCAGACAUAGACAAGAUUGUAUAACUUUUAAACAAACACAUCCUAGCGCUAUCAUAGUGUUUGGACUACAUUAAGGUACUACAUUUGAGUACUACUAGGUUUAAUGUAGUCCAAACAGAAGAUAGGUUUGGAUUACUACUGUAAACAAGCUGGUCUCUGGUGAUGUUGUAUUGUUGUUUCUGUUCCUAAGGAACGUAAUGUUCAAAGGCCAGACCUUUUGAAACAAACAUAUCAUUGUGAUGUAGACUGUUGUAUUGUUGCCUUCAGACAAGGAAAUACCUAUCUUAAUAUCUUCUUGUAAUUCUACAGAAGCCCGCAGUUACUUUCUUUCCAAAGUAGGUUUCACCAGAGCAACGUAAUCGUAAGAUAUUAGGAUUUAGAUGAGGUUUAGAUGAGGAAGUCGUCUACUAUAAUAUUGACAACUUUUACUGUUAUCUUAAAAACUAAAUUGUUUGUAAAGGUUAUCACAAAGUGAGUAAAGUAGAAAUUGGAAAUAUAAAGUUACAAAAAGUAAAGUAGUUAAAGCUUUAUAAAAUACUUCUACAGUAAUAUAAAAAAAGAAAAAUGUACAGUAAUUCGCAUGUUGAAAAAAGUCGAGUUUCAAUUAAUUGAAAUGCCCUGAGGCAAGAGUUUAUGAUGAUUAAACCCUUGUUUACUCAGACGAAACAACUUGAAGGUAUUCUUUCGCAAAUCCCAUCUCCCACGUACCUUGUUACUUUGGCACAAACAUGGUUAUUGCCGUGCCAGCAUAUGAGCAUUCACCGUUCUAUUUUCAAUUCCUGCAGUUUUAAGCACAUGCCAUUAGGUGUAUAGUAAUUUAUGUUACCGUGCGUUGCAACAUUACUCAUGUGUUGUAGCACAUGUGUAAUGUUGCUUUACCGUGUUAUAACCCAUAGUAAGGUUAUUUUUAAUAUGACCGUGCUCUAAGUAUUACUCAACGUGCUAUGUGUCAUUUAUGUUGCACUUGCUUCCCAUUUCAAUCAUGACAUUUCCUGUUUUUUGCAUUUCAAAAAACUGCGCGGACUUUCUCAGCCUCAGGGCCCAACUUCUUUCUCACUUUGACUUGACACAAUGGAUAGUACGACGUAAUACUAUAUAAUUAGGGUUUGUGCAAUUGCCUUCAGUCUUUCACUUGCAGUUUUGUAGUAUUAUAUCCGUUUGGUUGUGUAUAACUCUUUAAACUAUAUUACCUUAUAUGAACAACCAUAUAGCUGCCAAUGUACCAAAGAUAACUGUGUAUGUAGCUUUUUAAGACUAGUUUAUUACUAUUGUAGUCACAGAACUACAAUAUCUAGUUAUACGAUAUUUAAUUUUAACUCUAAAUUGGCAUCAUCCUGCAGUCAAAACAACCAUAACAGAGAUUGUUAUGCCAGUUAUGUUAUGUUAUUGCAGCAGUAAUGCCUAAUCAAAUUGAUAUUGUUUUAGCGAAACCGGCUCCUCUUUCAUUGGUUGUGGAACAGCGGCCAAAGCUGUUCUGCGCAAAACCUCGGCCCAACGGAGCCACAAGCCUUCUGUAGCCGAACAGUCCACUUCAGAGCAGUACCAACCAGUUCCUUCGCCUAAUCAACUACUUCGAGUGCCCGACUUCGACGCUCCGUACCUGGAUUCUGGGCCGCGGAAGAUAUCGUGUCAAGAAAUGACGACGACGCUGGAUCCGGCGGCUUCUGGAGCUGGCGGACGACGCCGAAGCCGAUCGUUGUGUACACAACAGAUGCAAAAGGACUGUGCCGUGAGUUGUUUGUGUGGAUGUUCUUUAUUGCUUCUAUUAAUAAAUGUUGUUAUUAACACAUUUCGAAAUGUAUUUAUUAAUAUUACAAUCCAGAUAACAAUAUUAUAUGUUAUUGUCUGGAUAUAUGUAUUACGUAGUAGAUUCCGAGAACCUCCUUAUGUAAAUACCUUUAGGCCGUUCAAAACAAUCAAGGGAAUUCAUCGUCACGGAGAUCUUCUAACGGAACGCUACCGACACUGGCCAGAAUCAGAAUCCAACAUUGCUACAAAAGGGCAAAGUAAGUCUAGUAACUUGCACUUUAAUAUUACUGUAGUAACCACGAUACAACUAUUUUCAAAAAAAGGCAAAUCUCUCCCAAAACCCAAUAAAUUAUUCGAAAUUACUUUACAACGUUCCAAAUAACACUUUACACCGUGCAAAGGUAUCUUUGCACUACUUUACUCCUUCAUUACUACCUCAUUUUACAAUUUAGACCGACGAUUGGGCCCCUGAUACUAAAACGUGCGUGUGCCCUGAGGCCAGAAAUUAAACCCUUCCUCGGGUGUCUACCUCAAGAUCGUGUAGACGAAUUGGGCAGUAAUUUGUAUAACUUUGUGACGGAAUGUGUAAAUAAUAUCGACAGUGCGGACACAGUAAGUUUAUUGUAAUUGUCUUGCUGAAAUGACAUUCCUAUCGUUUUUUCCAACAGUUUGACUAAAACCAUGUUAAUUUGAAUGCAAUAACAAUAUCAACAUCGUACUUAAACUCCCAUCUCGAAGUAUAUAAUUAAAAACUGUAUCUGCAGAUCACAGAGAUCUCAAAGGACUUUGGCCGAAUGCACGUCCAGUUGUGUAACUACGGCUUCCGUCCAGACUUCUUCUCCAUCAUAGCUGAUGCCACUAUCGCCGAGUGUGUCAGGUUAGAUGGUGGAGCUCACAAGAGGUGCGAGACUCUACUGGCCUGGUCACAAUUGAUGCAGUCCAUGUUCAGCAGUGUCAGAGACGGAUACUACGUGGAAAUACGACAACAGAGACGCUCUUCCCUACCUCAACAUCGCCUGCUCUCCAAACAAUUGAGUCACAACGUCAGCAUCGACAUCGAAACAUAA